AUGAAAUUAUGUGUUGUGUUUUGUGUAGUUGUGUCUCUUGUGACGGGCACACCAGUGCCAUUAAACACACAAGAGUGUGCCACGUGCAGCGAGGGUGCCAGAUCUCUGCUCGACAACCUCUCACACAUCAUGGAGAAGGAGGGGAAGAUGAAACAGGAUUUGUUUGCAGGUUUUAACUGCACUGAACAAACAGCACAAAUGAUUCCACACACUGAAACUGCAGCGAUCUGUCAACCCAACACACCUGCUAAUAUGACCUGCUCAAACCAACGAAACUCUUCAUUCAGUGCGACGGCGUGUCUGAAGAGCAUCAGAGAUGAUCUGCACUAUUAUGACAUCAUGUUGAAAUCAUAUGUUCAUACAGACGCCUACAAACACACUGAAUCAGAUCUCAGCCCUGUUAUAACGGCCACACACAAUCUCUUGAAUUGUUUGGAACCAAGCUGUACAAAAAUGUCAGCUGAGCGUGUGCUGCCUGAGUGGGUGGUGUGGCGCGGCUCAUCGUUCGACGAUCGUCUGUCGCUGUGUAAGACGCUGAGGGGCUUCCAUGUGCGUGUCAUCACCGUCAACAGAGCGCUCAGGUACAUCACCUCCAGAGACUACAGGAAGUGAUGUCAUUCACUACUUACAUUUCUUCAUCAGUAAUCAAGAUCACAUGACUGUA